CCGAAAGCAAUGCCAAAUUGCCAAUAACCCGUUUUGGCGGAGUACCGUACUAACCGUAGUGCGUUUUAGUUUGAACGUCGAAAUUCAUUUUUCGCCUUCACAAGGUAAAAGGGUUUUCAGUUUUGUUCAGGAGUUUGGGGUUUAAGCCUUAAGGUAGCAGAAGCCUUAGAAAUACCCCUUGAAAAAACAUAAAAAUGGUGCUAUCAAACAAGAAAUUGAAGCAGCAACUACGAGCUAAAUUUGCAGAAAUCUCUGUCUCCAAAGACCCAGAUUCUAACAAUCCGAAAAAACCAGAAACCCCUGAAUCUCUGAAACAACUUCUGAACUCAGCAACCCAGAAACCCAACUUAUCAAAGAGAGAGAAACGCAGGGAAAAUUUCACUUCUUUGCGAAAUAGUGGCGAAAACAAGGAUACCCAUGUUGAGGGUAAUUCUAGAGGGAAGAAGAGGAGGAGAGAGAAAAUGGGUGUUGAAGAUGGGGGAAAGUUAGAGGUAGAGGUGGGUGAAAAUGGUGGUCAGAUUCAAAAGGUGAAAAAAAAGAAGGAGAAGAAGAAGGAAAAGAAAAGUGGGGGUGAUGUGAAGUUGGGUGUGAAAGAAAGUAGUGAUUUGAAGAAGAAAGAAAAGGAAGCUGUGAAGAAGAAGAAUAAAAAGAAGAAGAAGAAGAAAGCGAAGAUUGAGAAGCAAUUCGAGGUUGAAAAUGGCGGCGUUUCGGACCAAAUUGUUGCUGAAACUAGUCAAGAGAAUGAGGAUGAUAGUAAGAAAGUUUAUGUUGGAGGGAUGCCUUACAGUUCAACUGAGGACGAUAUAUGGAAUUACUUUGAUCAUUGUGGUGCCAUAACUGAGAUUGAUUGUAUGAAGUUCCCAGAGAGUGGAAAAUUCAGGGGAAUUGCUUUUAUCAGCUUCAAGACAGAAGAGGCUGCUAAGAAAGCUUUGGCACUUGAUGGGUCCGACAUGGAUGGCCUAUACCUGAAAAUUCAACCCUACAAGAGAACUCGCACUGCCAAGUCACCACACUUUUCUCCAGCAGUCAUAGAGGGCUACAACAGAAUAUAUACUGGAAACUUAUCAUGGGAUAUCACAGAAGAUGACUUGCGAAAUCUCUUCUCGGAGUGUAGUAUAUUGUCCAUCCGAUUUGGUGAGGAUAAAGAGACUAAGGAAUUCAAAUGUUAUGCUCAUGUGGACUUCUCCGACAAUGAUUCUCUUAUGAAGGCAUUGAAGCUAGAUCAGGAGGUAGUCUGUGGGAGGCCUGUGAAAAUAAGUCGUGCAGUCCCUCCAAAAGGACCUCUAAGAAUUCCGGUAUCUGCCUCGUCUGCUGCAGCUACCUUGUCUGCGGCAUCUACCUUGUCUGCGGCAUCUGCGUCAACGCCACCAGUGGUGCAACCUCAAGAGAUUAGUACUGUAGUUAGCUUGGCAAAGCAUAGGAGGAGGACUUGCUAUGAAUGUGGUGAACGAGGUCAUAUAUUAUCCGACUGUCCAAAGAAACAAGCUUCUGAUCAAACCAACCAAAAUGCUACUUAAAUUAUGAUUGCAGAUACGUGAUCAUCUCCAACCAUUUACUAUGGAGAUGAUUAUAAGAAUAUCAAAAGUUUUAGAGUUUGCAAUUUAUACAAUUUUUUUGUGCGACUAUCUGUCCAAUUUUGCAUUUCCAAAAGUGCAGAUUAGAUUGUAUUCUGUGAAGAAUUAGUUGAUCUUUCCUCUUUGCUUGGUUGAUAAAGUUUUUUAAUUCUACGAAA